UUAGAAAGGCAAUCACAAUCAAGAUAUUGUUUGAAGGUUUUAAAUUACAUCCUUACCUCCAACCACAAAUUUGCAUUAAAUUUAAAGAAUUUGCACGCCGAACUUCACAGCGCAAAACAAAGAUCAUGUCGACGUUUAUCUUUACGUCUGCAAGGAGGCAGUCAUCUCGUCUCCGCCAUGUCAGUCCGAUAAAACUGGCUACUUCCUAUUUCUUGUCUACAAAAAUAAGAUCAGUAACAGGCAGUAUUUUUGAGCGAAUUCCUAAAGAGGAGCUGGCACCGAAAACCAGACCACGGCUGCGAGACAGGGAGUUUCUCCCAGGCUCAACGGGUGAAGGAUUCCCAGAGUUCUUGGCGGAGCCAAGUGACUCUUUCCCGCACGGAGUGCGAGUCAAUACUAGAGACCAGUCCUCUAUCUCAGAACUGGGUGCAAAUUGCAUGAAAUACAUAAAGGAAAACCUUACUGAUAGCCAGGCGAUAUUGUUCCGCGGACUUCCAGUUGAAACAGCAGAGGACUUCUUGGCCUUAACCGAAGGAAUGCGAGGCAAGCCUCUGAACUACGAGGGUGGUACUUCACCCAGACCCAAGGAAAUAGAAAAUUCUGAUAUCUACUUUGCCAGUGCUGAGCCUGGAGCGUACACCAUCGAGUUACACAAUGAAAUGGCGUAUCUCGAGACUUUCCCCAGGAAGGUAUUUUUUUUCUGCCUAAAAGAGCCUGGUGAGAAUUGUGGUGGCGAGACACCGCUGGGUAAAUGCAGCGACAUUGUACUCAAACUUGAUCCCGAAGUCGUGAAAAAAUUCGAGGAAAAAGGAGUCAUGUAUGCACGACAUCUGCCGGACAAAUCACGAUCAGACUACAUACCCUGGCAGCAUCAGUUUUACACUGACGACAGAAAGGCAGCAGAAAUAAGAGCACAGCAGCGAGGUUACACUGUAAAAUGGGACGAUAACGGUGAUAUGUACCUGACUUACACCGCGCCGGCCUUUCUUUCUCACCCAGUAACAGGAGAAAAAAUCUGGUUCAACCAAGCAAUACAACACCACUGUACUUACUCGAAAGCACUGCCACAGUACAAAGGUUCUGAUCUCCCGGAUGAGAAAUAUCCCUGUCACACCUAUUAUGGAGACGGAAGUGACAUCGAACCGGAAGUGUUACAACACGUCAGAGCAGUUUCAUGGUCAUGCGCAGUUGGGUUUCGGUGGAAGAAGGGUGAUUUAAUAGCGCUUGAUAAUCUGAAUGUUCAGCAUGGACGAAUGGCCUUCACGGGAGAGAGAAAAAUACUGGUGCAUAUGACGGCAGACUGAACCUUACCUUUCAUUUUGAGGCUUAGCCUUGUCUUUUACUUUUGUCAGGUUCAUCAUCAUUAGGCACCAUUUUUGAGACAAUUUUUUUUAA